AUGGAUGUCACCCGCCUAUUCCUGGCUACCCUGCUGGUCUUCCUGUGCUUUCUCACUGCCUACAGCCACCUGCCACCUGAGGAGAAGCCCAGAGAUGACAUGAGUCUGAGGAGCAACUCCUCCAUAAACCUACUGGAUUCCUUUUCUAUCUCUAUCAAGGAGCUGAAAAAGAAACCCGAAAAUAUCCGCAGAAAAGAAGCAGGAAAGAAGAAGAGAUCUAAGAAGAAGGCUCCGAUGAAGAAGGUGGCGCGGCCCCGGCCCCCGCCACCCUCGCCCUGCGUGGCCACCCGUAAGAGCUGCAAGCCGCCGGCGCCCGCCUGCUGCGACCCAUGCGCCUCCUGCCAGUGCCGCUUCUUCCGCAGCGUCUGCUCCUGCCGCGUGCUCAACAGGGACUGCUGA